AUGGCAUCCCAAAAUAAUUUGGGCAGCAUGUAUAGGCCACCCCCUUGUGAUGUAGAGAAAAAUUACCAUGGGCGAAUAUUUUGCGAGGUAGCUUAUACUGAAGACCUUAAUUUUUUGCAUAAAAAGUGUACAAAUUGGAUGCUUGAAGGAUACGUUAGGUACGUACUUGGCAUAAAGAUCUAUGAAAAGAGGAAAGGAUCAAUUAAUCAGACUUUAACGGCCAGGCUAUACUCACGUGUAGCAGCUCCACCAACAGGACCAGCGGCUACAGCAGUAACAACACUGUCAGGCGUAUUUUAUCAGGAGUGGGAUUUUGGGACAGUACAAUUCGGUAAUAAUUUACCCACCGGUUGUAAUGCUCUGAACAUUAUUGCAUAUCAAGUUACAAUCCCCGUCUCUGAAAUUUUUUGGGACCCGCCAAUUGGCGUCUCUAUUGGAGGAUAUGUAGAGCAGUCCCAGGCACAGCUACAGUUACCGCCCCAAAUUUUAUUAUCGAUUUAUAUGAUAUCCAACAAGUAGUUUUAAGAUUUUCAAGAUGUGGCAGGCAGAUUAAAUUUUAUGUUUCUCAUUUUUCAAAUUAAAUGGGGCCAGAUUUUUUUUAUUGUCCGA